UACAGUGGCUUUUUACACACCCAACAUAAUGUUGAUUUUUUCAUGGAAUUACCGUUCGUAAAGGCAUGGGAGAUUGGUGGUGUGCGUUAGGAAAUGGCCACUGCACCCGGGCUUAUGGAUAAUACUCUUCGGAUAUUUACAUAAUGGACGCUCCACUUGAUUUUACUCUGGAUCGAGCUCGGCUUAUAGGUGCUAAUGCUAUUGGGACGUACGAAACAGGUUUCGAUGCCGCGCAUUCGGCGGUGCUUGGCCGGCCGGGGGCAGGGGGAAACGCCCUACAGGACAUGGCCCGGGGUGCGACGCCAACAACUUCUCAGUACCAGGCAUACCAAGCCCGGUUCCUUCCAUCCUCACUCCCCGUGCCUUCACAAGGUGGCGGGUACUCCAUGAUGUCUAGCUUUCUAUCGUCCGGAGGGGGAGGAGCGCCAAUGGGGGACCACCUUAAAGCCAUUAUCCCGGACUUUCAGUAUUGGAAUAACCCAAGUGACGGUUGUGCGAGGUAUAUUGUGAACAACAACACAAUAUAUUCUUCGCCUUACCUCAACUACUUACCUGCCACUGAGUCUCUGUCUCUGUUUGCACAUAAUGUGGGUGUUGUGCCUCCCCCCACUUCCGGUCCAGCCCCAAUCAGCUACCACCGGAUGUAUGACCUGCAGAAAGAAGCGCUUUACAACGGUACGCCUCACGUUCCAGGAGGGCCUGCGCUUUUCCAAACCUCUUCCGGCAUUUCCCCUCCGUCAACACGAACAUCCGAGUCGCUCACUCAUUCCGGGAAUCUAACCGUCAAAAAAGAGUCUGGUCGACAUGGAGAUAGCAAAAGGUCAUCGGAAAACAAACAUGUAACAAAAUCGCUUGACUCACAAAAGGCACUAAUAGCUACAAAACAUUCAAAGGACCAUGACAAAAAGAGUGAUUCCAAGAAAUGUCCGGAUAAGACGGAAAAGCUCAGUGAUGUUAAACAAGAACAUAAUAAAGCUAAACAACAGGACAAUGGCAAAGAAGUUGUUGUGACCACGUCUCUGUCACCAAAUAGUCAGCCUCACCCGAAAGCUAAAUCAAAUUCUACUUCCCCAACACGCGCUCAUAUAGACAAACGCAAAAAAGAUAAAGAUAUUUCUCCAUCACGUGAUGAAAAUGAGACGACUUGUGAUAAGGACACUGACAAAUCGGAAUCAAUUAACAAAUCGGACGAUAAAGUUGAGUCACCAAAUUGUAAACAUAUUCAUGAGAAUGAAAAGGAAUGUAAACAGAAAGUUGUCCCUACUCUUACAACUGUCACCAUGACUUCCGGUCAAAGCGUGACGUCACCACAAUUAAGCCCGAAAUCCGUCGGUAUGAUACCCCCGCCAAUUAAUAGAGGAGGUAUCUCCCCGCAGGCUAGUGCGGUGCCCGUUACUUGUGACGCCCUCACAUCCACAACAUUUUCUCUGCCAUAUUAUCAUUCGAUUUAUUCACAUUCACAACCCAGUAUUCCUGAUGGGAAGAAAGUACAUGCGCCAACCUUUACACCGGAAAUAGGAACGUUGCCAAGUGUGGUUGCUAUGACAACAAUGCCCGUUCAAACAACCGCUUGUGAUAUGAGAAUAAAGAAGGAAAGAGGUUCGUAUUCCUGUUGUAAGGACAAAUGUGCUACUAGUGUGUCUCCUUGUGCUGUUACUCAUCAACCAUGUAUGUCUCCCUCAAAACCAAGUCAUGACAAAAGGGAGACCACUCGACAAUCCAGAAAAGGCUCGGACGGAAGGGAUGCGAAGUCCAAAAAGGCAACCCCUAAGAUGUCUGAGGGGGGAGACAAGAAUUCUAGGUCUCCAAUAGGUUCUGUUGGUUCGUCUCAGUCAAGUAUAACCCCGGUGAUACAGGCAAAAAGUGCUGUCGUUACAAAAUCUAACAAUGUAACAAAUUCUGCGACAGUUCUUGGCAAGGCUGCGGAAAAGGUGAAACCAAUGGCAACCAAAGAACAACACGUGGUUCCUAUCCGACCUACAGCGGAAGGGUUUGUUAAACCACUCAGUUCUGACGACACAAAGACAACAGUGAAAGGGGUUGUCGCAACUGUAGAGGUAACGGGGUCUAAGCGUGUCACAAACAAUGACGCACCUUCACCAGGUACAGCGGAUCCAUCCAAGUCUACCUGCCAAGAAAAAGACGUUCCUGUUACAUGUGUUAAAAAGCAACAACAGUGGCUGGCAGACGAAGACAAUACAAAGACUCGAAAUAACUCGAAAACCGAGAGUGCAGUGAAACCGUUAGCUCGUGGAGUGCAGCAGUGUAGAUCCAAGGAAUUAAAAUCCAAACUUCACGAAAAAAGCAUGCGUUCGCGGGAGUCACGACGAAAGUGUGAUGGUCAUGGAAAAGAGGAUAGCUCGUCAUCAAUAGGAAUGAACAUACCUAUUGGAAUAGCCGUGGCACAGAAAAGAGAAGAGUUCAAAGAGGAGAAUGUCGAGCCAGACCCAGACUCUACCCCAGACCUCGGCAGGAAUACCGGUGAUGUCCGGAGGAGUCCGGGGGACGGGGAGCCACACCCUAUUACGGCGGUCCAUCACAGAGGGGGCGAUGGACAACCAAGCGCCUUCGGUGGACCAAUCAUAUCAAAAUCAACCUCCCCAAAUGCGCCUGGUCCCGACAUGCGUAACACACUCCCGGCAAAUCUCAUUGUCACUGGUUCAGCGACUGGAGCUGGGAUCGCAUGGUCGGACGACCCAGCUGCACGUCACUUCCCAAGCCCGUGGCUCCCAACUGGACAUGGCAUGAAUCCCGCAUCUUGGAUCGGGCAAAUGCCCUUCACACUUCCACCGAACAUUCCCUCAACAUCCGGCACGACAGAUCCAAACCAACUUCCAGUGUCCGUUCCCCCAGGCUACAAACUGGUACAGGACUCGGUCACUGGGCACUUGAUCAUCAUGCCAGCAUCAAAUUUAGAAAUGUACGACCCUAGUAGGAUGUGGCCGGGUGGAUUCCCCAGUUCGACCCACCCAAAUACAUUCCAACAGAUAAUGGCGGUACAUCAACAGAACCAGAUCCAACACCAGGUGAUCGGUCACCCUGGAGAUCGACAACCUACUGCAGAUUUUGCCCUCGCAGUUCAGCAGUACCAACAACAAUUACAGCAUCUAUAUCAAUCACGUCCAGAAACUGGGUCAUCUGAGACAUGCGCACCUCCAUCAGGUCAGCCUGCCAUAGUUGACCACUCAAAAUCAUUCGAAAAUACGGCUGCCAAAGAAAUCCAUAGUUCCAGCAAAGUUCCCUGUCCGUCCACAGACGCCGACCACACCGGCAAACCAGCAUCAGUUGUUCCCCACCCACCCUCUCAAGAUCUUACACUGCACAAUGGACAGCCCCUGUCCUACCAAUACCCCGCCUUACCAAUCGUUUACAGUCCUUCUUUACUCCCAACAAUUCCCAUUCAAGACACUGUCAAAACGGAAAUGUCAACGGUGCAAUCACGUGGGACGUCGCCGAUGGUUCCGGCAAGUGAGAUCGACGACACGUCACAAGAAGUGAUAGAUGCUGCUCCAUCUACAACACAAUCUAUGUGUGACAUUAUAACGGACAUCACAAAUGUUUCCCAGAGUAUUGCGUCAGUGCAAACGUGCACUACUAACGCUUCUUCUUCUACAGAACUUGUGACAUCUAUCACGUGUUCAGUGACCAAAGACAAGCCAGUGUCAAGCAAUGUUGAUGACUCCAAGGCAGAGUCAUGUGACCAUCCUAUUCAAUCUUUAGAAAGUGAAAAUUGCAGUAAAUCGGAAAAUGAGUCUGAUUUGGCAAAAGAUGGAACUUCUGAAGAUAAACUCGACACAAAGCAAACUAUGACACCAUCGACAUCAGUGACUGCUGACGAGUGUGUUCAAAACGUUUGUGAGCGUUCUGAAACUGAAGAACUUCCCGAUGGUGUGAUUAGUGAGAAACAGGAUGAAACUAAGCAGAGUGAUUAUAAUCCAUUCCUAGACCCACAGAUUCUACAGGCAGCUGAUGGAUUAGAACUUCUCAGCACACUCGCAGAAAUACGAGCAAAAUGUGUGACAUUAGAAACGCCCGUGGCACCCCCUAGUGAAUCCCUCAUGGUAUCUCCUCCUCCUCCUCCUCCCCCUGAAGUCUCAAAGGAGACCUCGGGGACAAAAACAAUAAAAAUGGGCAACGCUUCUAAGGCACCUGUGGGCAAAGAGGAAGCAACUGAUAAAAAUGUUGGCAAGGAAAUCGAAAAGACUGAAAAGAAAACAUCAACUCAGGAGAAACCAAAACCCACUGUUCAACGCAGUAACUCUGACGCGCCAAAGCAAUCCAAGAAGAGACCGCUGAGUCGCACACGGUCGAUACCUGCUGCUAAAAGUGACUCAAAAAGCGAACAAGCAAGUUACUAUACAUCGACGGGCCUCAAAAUUCCACAAGACCUUACUGCUUUUCUUGACAUAGGAGAAGAGGAAAUCAAUGCCAUCGAACUGGACAUGCGCAUUCGAUUGGCCGAACUCCAGAGGCUGUAUAAAGAAAAACAGCGGCAGCUAGCGAAACUUCAUCCAAAACGGGAAAAAGAUGACCCCCUCUCUAAAAGGGGGCCGGGUCGGCCAAGAAAACGGAAGCACCAGACAGUGUCAGACACACCGAAACCGGAACCUGUGCAACCGAAAUCCAACCAGGCAAAAACAAAAGAGCCAGUGGUCAAGAAAAAGAAGCAGGCAGAAGAGCUAGUGGACAGAGUGUUUCGAAAGACUGGAGGCGGAUUCGGGAUGCCACUCAGCAAGAAAUUGAAAGCAAACGCCAUGGCAGCAUUGUUUAAAACCCAGUCUGGCUUUACAGUGAAACGAAAGGGCAUCACAUCCAGUUUACCAGGCGGUGGUAAAUCUUGUGAUUCCAUAAAAAUGAAUGAAAAGAAACCUGUACCUAAGAAGCACGAGUCACAGUCUGAUACAUCUGUCAUCACCAAAGGUAACAUGAAACCUACGCCACCUGUUAAAAAAGCGGCUCCUUCGAACAAGGAUAGUUUUGCUACGCCUAAAUUGAAAUCCGAGAGCUUCUCGAGUGGCCUGGUGGCAAAACAGACGAAACCAAAGCAAUUACUUCAGCCACCUGAACAGGAGAAAGCCCAUGGAUCAGAAGAAUCGGGGCUUGGCAUGUUGGCCAGUGUGGCAGACGACAGCGGUCUGGGUAUACUAGCAAAAUACGCAAGUUGUGCUGCAACUGAGAGUAUUCCCACCAAAAAACAUAAAAAGAAACGAGAGGAAGGUGUGUGUACUACGUCAUUCAAGCCGGACACCACUGCUGUUUCUGCUGACAUACCCCAAAAUGAUACCCCUGCAUCCGAUAGUAAAGAGGUUAACACUGCUUGCAACAGUACGAAUACCAAUACUACCACGCCUGCCGUAAAACGAGAAUCAGAAUCGGAUUCGACGCCAGAAAGCUCCUCGUCUGUCAAUAAAAAGCGGAAGCCUGGACGACCUCGGAAAUGUAACCCUAACACGACACCUGGCGUUACAGAAACCAUUGUCGCAAGGAACUCCAAAAACUUCUUCUACCACUUCCAUUCUUUUGAGGAUGUUGUGAAAGCACAUUCCAAUACAUCUGCUCAGGAACGGAAGGCAAAGGUUGAAUCCUCUGCUCCAAUGGAGCCAUUGUACCUAGACCAGGAGUGGUUUAUUCGACGGAGCGAGCGGAUCUUUCUAAGUGAACCAAGCCCGCAACCUUCUCCAAAUACCACGAACGUCGUAACGAACACCCCUAAACCUUCAUCAGUGGUCACACCUCCACCUAAAAAGUCAUCACCCUCAGCGGCUCCCUCUCCUGCCAAAUCUAAGAGUGAAAAAGCAAAACUUCAGAAAGCCAAAAAUAUCAAGGAGCUUACUCAGAAGGUCAAAAACAAGUACAAUAAGGCAUUCCAAUACAAAAGCAAAGCAAAGGAAUCCAAACAUAAGCCAAAACGAAAGAAAGAGCGUUCAAAGUCGGAGCCUAUAGUGUGUGAUUACGACUCGGAUAGUAGUGGUAGCGACAACAUCCCACUCAGUGUACUACGCGAAAUGCCUUCUAUCCCAGAGCCCCGUUCCUGUGCAAUAAGUAAGGAUGAACUUGCCGACAACCUGAGGGUUCUGGUGUUUAAGGAUGGUCUGUUCUAUGAAGGAGCCGUCCAAGGAAUUCGUCCUCCAGACGUAUACGGCGUUCUCAUCGACAACGAGCGUGGCAACCGACCUCACAUUUACUCUCAGGAAGAGAUUCUUAAGGAGGUGAUAGUAGAUGUGAAACCCAGCACAACUCGGUGCCUUCUCGAAGGAACCCGUGUAUGCGCUUACUGGAGCCAACAAUUCAGCUGUCUCUACCCAGGCACAGUGGCAAAAGCGAGUCCAAACCCUCAUGCCGAUGCUGGGUCCAUCAAUGUUGAGUUUGAUGAUGGCGACUCUGGCCGUAUUCCAUUGGAUCACAUCAGAAUGCUACCUAAGGACUUCCCUCACGUUUCAUAUGACCCUAAUCCACUAUUACUGAUAGGGAAGCGACGUCGACACACGACCUCUGAUAGCAUGGAAACACCUCGGAAAUCCCACAGCUCUGAAAAGUCUUCGGAGCCUGCUCCGAAAACAAAACGAGGUCCCGGUCGACCUCCUAAGCUGAAGAAAGACGAUGCAGGCCAACAGAGCGACGUUUCUGCAGCAGACGAAGACGAGGAGGAAGAAGUCGAUGUAUGUGGAUUUGAUGAAGAUCGUGAUGACGUCUUUAACAAUGGUUUCUCGAUGGAAAAUUUCCGUAAGGAAAGGGCAAAGUCAUCCAGCAAUGCUAAAGAGUCUGAUACUAAACAAAAGAAAAGAGACCGACCUUCGAAUGGUACUGGUAAAGACUCUAAGUCGGAGAUCAAAGCUAGUGAGAAGAAACGCAAAAAGGACAAGGAGUGUAGCGAUGAUUGUAGGGAAUCGGAUAUUUCGGAUGGGAGUGAUGAUGUUUCUGAUGAUGGUUCGAGGAGCUCUGAUCAAGCAUUUCUUCCUGCAAGGCAGCUCUGGCGGUGGUCGGGAAAAUGUACAAAGCGGCCCGGUCUCAAAGGAAAAGCCAAAAAGGAAUUUUACAAGGCUAUAGUCCGAGGCCGAGAAAAUAUUUUGGUUGGUGACUGCGCAGUAUUUCUCUCCACCGGAAGACCACAUCUGCCAUAUAUUGGUCGCAUUGACAGUAUGUGGGAGGCUUGGGGAGGUCAGAUGGUUGUCAAAGUCAAGUGGUUUUACCAUCCAGAGGAAACAAGGGGAGGGAAGAAGCUACAAGAUAUGAAGGGUGCCUUGUUCCAGUCACUUCACAUCGACGAGAACGAUGUACAGACUAUUUCACACAAGUGUGACGUACUUUCAUACAAGGAGUUUUGUAGGCGACAAAAGGAAUUAAAGAGAAAGUGUGGGAACGGAGACGAACAGGAUGUGUAUUAUUUAGCAGGAACAUAUGAACCAACUAUCGGUUUGUUAAAGUUCGAAAAAGACAUAGAUAUCACUUGAUGUAUCGCAGAAAAAAACGGGACUCACUAAAAAUCAGAUUCACUAAGUGUUGUUGAUAUGCAUUAUCAACAUCUGUUGUGAUAUGGAAAACACAAUCUUAAGUAAUUGAUAUGAUGACGUAUUCAUGUGACGUUAUUUAUAGAUACAGAAAUAUGGCGUCUUCCUACUGUGAUAUUUUAAAUCCCCAGACUUAUUGUCUAUGAAUUUAUCAAUCAGUUUGCCGCGAAAAGAUGUCCUUCUACAGUGAGUACUAUGGUUGUUAUGUUGGUAUAGAUAACAUUAAUCCCAAAUUGUACAGGUAGUUCUUCAUGUACAUAAUACAAAUGAUGAAGAACUGCAACCCAUGGAGUCCAGUGGAUGACAAUAGCGUGAAAAAACAUGUUUGGCAGGAGUGACAGUGACGAAAUAGAACACAUAUGAUGGCCAAUGUUAGUGACGUUCUGAUGUAUCGCACGUCACCUAGUGGAAGAGGGUGUCAAAAUUUGUCAGAGUUAUUUGUAACGCAUGGGAUAUAGACAUGAUGUGUUCUGUUAUUAUUUUGUCGUUUGAUGCCGAAACAAGCGCAUUUUGUAUCAGUGAUGAAAGAUAAAUGACUGUUAUGCAUUUUAUGAAUGUGGAAACAGAUACAAAAUGUCGGCAAAGAUUGGUGCUUUCAUGAGCCAUGGCUCUUAAAUGUUAAAAUAUAUAAAAAUGUUACGCAUAUAUCUUUUUUUAAUUUUAUGCUUGUUAGACCAUUCAUAAUUCUCAUUUCUUCAGAGUUCCUGUGUAUAUAAUAUAUCAUAUUGGCUUUCUUUGUGCAAUAACUGAUGCAUUUGCAUCUAUAUGUAAUCCUUGGUUGUCGUCCAUAUAUUGUAUAUAAUGUAAUUUUUUACCACAAAUGUGCCCGAAAGAUGCAUUUGACAAGUGCUUGACAUAUGAAAGUGCUGAAAGUCUAUUAUAAAUACGAUUUAUAUAUUGUUCAUCUUUAACCUCAUCCUUCCUCCGGUUGCGAUGACCUGUUGCAUAUACUAUUAUAUGUUUGUUGGAUCAUUGUAUGUCAAGGUAUUGACCAGUUGGUUGCUAUAUUUCCUGAAAUCAUUAAACAAAGACAAGAAUCUAAGUUACGUCAUAGAUUCUUUAAUCAUAUUGAAAACACAAGAAAAUUAUCUUAUUUUUCCAUGUACACACAAAGCAUAAUAACUUAAAAGUUCUACGCAACACUUCAAGACACAAUAAUUCAGUAGAAUAAGUCUAAGAUACGAGUCUACAAUAAGUCUAUAUAAUGAGUCGUAUACACAACGACGCCUGUUACAACUAUGCUUUGUACAGUCUACACAAUUACGAAUGUUGGUUCAUCUUCAAAGUCUUUCAGAUAAAGCAAAUAAUGAUAGUUUCAGUAUAUUGUAAGUUAUGUGAAUGUGCGUGAACUUUUGUAUUGGCGCCAAGCGCCUCUGAGACCUGGGUGAAUGUGGCAGAUGAAUGUGGUGAUAUUAUGACAUUAUAAUAAAUAAUAUUCUUUAUUAAUGAUUAAAUCAUUGUAAUGAAUUGUAGGGGUAAAUAAACAAACUUGCAUUUAUUCUAGUUCUGUAAUAUUUAAAGAGCAUGUUUGGCAUUUGUUGAAGUGUUAUAUCACAAACAAAAAUCAACAUUGAGUGUUGAAAGUUUUUAUCCUUUUUAAAAAUAAAACGGAACAACCAUAUUUUUACAGUUUUAGUACUUUAGAUACUUUGUAACAUUAUUGCAAACCCAUUGAACAAAACAUUGAAAUACCUUAAUGUCACACGGCGUGAACGUGGAUGAGGGGUCGGGACGUGAACAUUAUGGAUGAGGGGCGAGGACGUGAACUUAUAGAUAAGGGGCAAGGACGUGAACGUUAUAGAUAAGGGGCGAGGACGUUGACGUGAUAGAUAAGGGGCGAGGACGUCGACGUGAAAGAUAAGAGGCGAGGACGUGAACGUUAUAGAUAAGGGGCGAGGGCGUGAACGUUAUAGAUAAGGGGCGAGGGCGUGAACGUUAUAGAUAAGGGGCGAGGACGUGAACGUUAUAGAUAAGGGGCGAGGGCGUGAACGUUAUAGAUAAGGGGCGAGGACGUGAACGUUAUAGAUAAGGGGCGAGGACGUUAACGUGAUAGAUAAGGGGCGAGGACGUUAACGUGAUAGAUAAGGGGCGAGGACGUGAACGUUAUAGAUAAGGGGCGAGGGCGUGAACGUUAUAGAUAAGGGGCGAGGGCGUGAACGUUAUAGAUAAGGGGCGAGGACGUGAACGUUAUAGAUAAGGGGCGAGGACGUUAACGUGAUAGAUAAGGGGCGAGGACGUGAACGUUAUAGAUAAGGGGCGAGGGCGUGAACGUUAUAGAUAAGGGGCGAGGACGUGAACGUUAUAGAUAAUGGGCGAGGACGUGAACGUUAUGGAUGAGGGGCGAGGCCGGAAAUUUCAUAGUCGUGUGGAUGGGAACGAAUUAUGUGUGUAUGGAAGGAUGGGAACGUUAUGAUUCUGUGUGUGUGAAGUUGGGGCAUUACAAAUCUAGGUGUGGAGCUAUUGAGACCCCUACGUACUAUGAAUAUAUGUGUGGAGAGAUUGAAAGCAAAACGUGUCUAUGUGGAAAGGUUGGGAGCACUGAGUGUGUGUGGAGAGAUUGAGACCGUUAUGUAUUAUGAUUCUAUGUGUGGAGAGACUGAAAGCAUUACUUGUCUAUGUGGAGAGGUUGGGAGCAUUGAGUCCAAGUGUGAAGAGAAUGGGAACACAGUCUAUAUUUGGAGAUGAAAGCAUUAUAAGUAUAAUGAAGUUAUUCAGAGGAAAGAACUGUGUGUUAAGAGGGAUAUCGAUAGGGUUGACGUAUUAUUAGACUUGGGGAGGUUGACGUAAGAGUAAGAAUGAUAGGUGGCUCUAUAACUAGAUAAGAAAAUUGGCAAGGGGCUUUAGGAUAAGAGAGGUUGGAAUGCGUAGCAUUAUAGAUGUGUCCGGUGAUAUUUUAAAAGGUUGUACAAUUGCGCAAAUGUGAUGUAUAAUGAAGAUGUGUAAUAUAUCCGUUUAAAAGGCAUAUAUGUGUGAUAAAUGUUUUGAAAAGGUAUGUGUUCGAUAUAUUUGUCAAAGGCAUGUAUGUGAUACAUGGUUCAUACGCAUUGUAAGAACGCUAGUUAUAGUUAUAAUAUAGCAGACAAUUGUAUAUAAUGCAUAUUGUCUUUUUUAAUGUCUUAAACAUCAGACACUUAUCCGUGACUUGUCUCAAUAAAGUUACUGCUCAUUUAA